AUGGGGCUGAGGGUUUGUUCAGCAUCUGGCAACGUUGAGGUACCGCACGGUGCUGUUGAUCACGCGAGGCUUCUUUGCAAGGUUGUUGAGGGGGACAAUCCGGAAUCUAUCAAGCGUAAACGUAUCCGCGGCGUGGUUCGGAAAAUUGAGGGGGAGUACACCAAUUGGUUGGGUGAGUGUGGACGAGGGGACUGUUUUCUUAUGUUAACAUCUUUGGCUAAAUCUGCGCGGUAUCUUGGAAGGAAAGUACAACAAGGGACGGCAGGUUUCAAGCAAGAUGACGAAUGGUCGGGUGUUUCACCUUUUUUCUCUCCUGGUGUGAACGAUUGGCUCUGCGCUUUGCUUCAGCGUAGUGCCUCUUUUGUAACAGGCCCUGAGGAAUGCAUGGUUCUGCUUACUGUAGCGGUAGACCUAGAGUUGGGGGACACACAAACAUUACGUCAACUCUGCGGAUGGGUAACAGGAAAGCAGUACACGCUAAGGGCCUCCUUGGAAGAACUUGUUUGUGUUUUACGUCUCAUCUCCCUUCUUGUAAAGCGCUGUCGUAUGCCCAUCCCGUCACUUGACAAUAUGUUGUUCCGUCUGCUUGGUGCCACCCUCGACUCACGCCAAUCACUCACUGUGCUUUCAUCCAUGGUGCGACUACGUGAGCGAAGUAGUGUAGAUGUUGUUCGUUGCAUCUCACGCCGGGCAACGGUGACAGUGAAUUCAUACACAGUGAGAGAUGUCAUUUACGCAUUGGAGGCUAUAUCGCUAUUAAACUGCUGCCAUGAGGCGUACGCGGGCGCUGUUCUCGACCGAUGCACGGUUUUAUGCGUAGAGCUCAAACCCACUGAACUGGGAAGUGUGUGUAAGUACGUGGCGUUGCUAAAUGUAUCCCGUGCGAAUAAUAGCAUUGCGUUAGCGUGUGCGCGCGAGCUGCGCCGGUUACUACCUGCACUUCUAAGCCGUACGGAGGCGUUGCUCGGACGGUUUUCGUUACGUGAUGCAAGAUGUGUGUUGCGGUGCCUAGAACAACACAACGUACGGCACUCUGUUGUUUUUUCACGCUUAACGCCAUUGGUUUCCGAUUUAAAGUAG